AUGGUGCCGUGGAAUCGAACGGUGAUCUCCGGGGUGGAGCUGCUAAGGAGUGGGAGGUAUAAUAAAGGCAUGAGCUUCGCGCGGGACGAGCGGGAUCGAUUGAACCUGCGCGGGUUGCUCCCGCCGGCGGUGUUCGAUCAGGCGACGCAGGUUGAACGCGUGAUCGAGCGGUUGCGACGCGUGACGAGUGGGGUGGAGAAGCACGCGUGGUUGGCGGCGUUGUACGAGCGGAACGAGCGGUUGUUUUAUCGCGUGGUGAAGGAUCACUUGGAGGAACUGCUUCCGGUGCUCGCCGAGCCGACGGUGUGGCAGGUGUGUCGCGAGGCUGGAUUGAUGUAUCGUCAACCCAGAGGUUUAUACGUGUCGAUGCAAGAUAAGGGGUCGGUGUAUCGGUUGCUGAAGAAUUGGCCGGUGAGGAACGUCAAAGCGGUGGUGCUCACGGACGGGCAGCGCGUGACGGGAAUCGGCGAUUUGGGCGUGCAGGGAAUGCCCGCGGCGGUGAGUAAGGCGUCGCUCUUCACCGCGCUCGGGGGAUUAGAUCCCGCGGACGUGUUGCCGAUAUGUAUAGACGUCGGCACCGAUAAUCAAACUCUGCUCGAGGACAAGUUUUACAUCGGGUUGAGACAGAAGCGCGUCGGCGGAGAGGCGUACGAGGAGUUGUUGGAUGAAGUCGUCUCCGGCUUGAAGCGACGAUUCGGACCGCGCGUGCUUUUGUGUUUCGAGGAGUUCUCGAACGCGAACGCCAAAAAGCUACUCAGUAGAUAUAACCGCGACUCAGUGGCGUACGUUGACGAUCUGCAAGGCGUCGCGGCGAUAACCUUGGCGGCGGUCAUCUCCUCGCUGCCGCGUAUGGGCGGGUCUCUGCUCGAUCAGAGGUUUCUCUUCGCGGGCGCGGGCGAGACCGGGGCGCACGCCGCUGAUUUACUUGCGACGUACAUCGCCCAAGAACACGGGAUCACGCUUCCCGAGGCGAGAAAGAACAUGUACUUCAUCGACAGAAAGGGAUUGCUCACGCGAAGACGCGCCGAGCAAGAGGACGAUUUGGAGUUCCACAAGUUGCCGUACGCGCACGACAUUCCGGACGGAUGCGGGAAGACGGUGUUAGAGUCGGUAGAGCUCCUCAAACCCACGGCGUUGAUCGGCGUUCGUAGGCAUCGUUUCUCAUUCUUCGAGGGCUCCAAGCUCUGCGACGAAAAGCUCUUCACUACGGACGUUCUCGGCGCGAUGGCCAAGCACACCGAGCGGCCGCUCAUCAUGGCGCUAUCGCGUCCCGCCGCGCUCCACGAGUGUACUGCAGAGGAGGCGUACGCGGCGACCGACGGUCGGUGCAUAUUUGUCGGUGCUUGCCGCUCGACAUCGUUUGAGUUUGGCGGACGAACGAUUUCGCCAUCCGAGUGCAGCACGGAUUACAUUUAUCCCGGACUCGGCCUCGGUCUGGCGAUUGCCGAGGGUACGCGACUUCGUGAUUCGCUCAUUAUCGAAGCCGCACAAGCCGUGGCUGCGUCUACAACAGACGCCGACAUCGACCAAGGCGCGGUAUUCCCACGAAAGCGUCUCAUUCCAGAUGUGAGCGCGCGUGUCGCCGCGCGCGUCGCUUCCAAAGCCUUCGCGAGCGGCUUAUCGGCGUUACCCGUGAAACCAAAAGGUGAUUGGCUCGGACUCGCCAAAUCGUGGAUGUUCGACCCCACGUACCGACCGUACACCCACUGA